GACUAUAAAAGGGACGCUACCUAUUAUAACUCAGUCUCUUUCAUUAGGGUUUUACUGAAGAAGAAGAAGAGGAAAAGCGACUCCAUUUCUCAAAUCUCCAAAAUGAUUAUCUCUGAGAAAAACAGACGUGAAAUCUCAAAGUACCUCUUUCAAGAGGGCGUUUGCUUCGCUAAGAAGGAUUAUAAUUUGGCGAAGCACCCAGAAAUCGAUGUACCUAAUCUUCAGGUGAUUAAGCUCAUGCAGAGCUUUAAGUCGAAGGAGUAUGUCCGGGAGACCUUUGCCUGGAUGCACUACUACUGGUACUUGACCAAUGAUGGUAUCGAGUUUCUUAGAAACUACCUUAAUCUUCCUUCUGAGAUUGUCCCUGCUACUCUGAAGAAGCAGGCCAAGCCCGCUGGAAGGCCUUUGGGUGGUGGUGAUCGCCCACGUGGCCCACCUCGGUUUGAUGGAGAACGCAAAUUCGGUGGUGACAGAGAUGGGUACCGUGGAGGUCCUCGCGGUCCUCCCGGUGAGUUUGGUGGUGACAAAAGUGGAGCUCCCGCUGAUUACAGACCUUCAUUUGGGGGGUCUGGUGGAAGACCUGGUUUCGGUCGUGGUGCUGGUGGUUUUGGUGCAGGGCCAGCUACCUCUGAACAAUAGAAAAUCCAUCUCCUAUCUUGUAAGGUUUGUGAGUUGAGAAUUUGAAGAAUGAAUUGGGGGGAUGUAUAGCAUUCCUCCAUUGUGGGAUUAAAUAUCAGUUUUGUUUUACUUAUUACAUUAUUUGCUGAGAUAAUUAAUUGUUGGAAUCUCUUAGAUUUAUUACUCACUCUACUUCCUUUUAUUUUAUUCAAACUUUGAUCUCUUUCAUUAUUCCACAUAAUUGUUGGAUUCUCUUAAA